AUGUGGUACCUGAGUGCUAGUCCGUGUAUCACCCACCGACAUAACCAUUCAAUAAACGACCACGACGACGACUUUAAUGAAUUUCAUGACGGUGAUCACGAUGAACGUAAAUUCGCUGAUUAUCUGGACGAAGGUGGAUAUGACUACAGGGAGCAUGUCGCCGCAGAUUCAAUCGUAGGCAAGCCACUUCAGAUGUUCCUCUUUGUCUUUCUACUCGCCGUCAUCGUUGUCGGCGUCAUCGGAAACUCUCUCAUCCUCGUCAUCGUCUUCACCCAGAGGAAACAUCGAACGACCUCGAGCUGCUACGUCGCCAGUCUUGCUUUAACGGACAUCGUGGUGCUUCUUACAUGUGGGAUUCUGCAUCUCGCCCUUUUGAUCAUUCCCGCUUUCGAUCUCGAUCUCAUCGAGUUUCCGACUAGGAUAUUCACAUGCUUCACUUUUAUUCAUGAGGUGUCUAAAGGAGUGACGUGUUAUAUGUUAGUUGCCCUGACUAUCGACCGAUACCUGGCCUUUGUUCAUCCGUUAUCCUCUAUAAGACUUCGAACUAUCCGGCAUGCCGUGAUCGUCAGUGUCGCAGUGUGGCUCGGAUCCUUGCUUUACUGCGUAAUCAUCGAGGCCCUCAACCAGGUAAUCGACGAACUGCCCGUCUUCCUAAUCUUCUUCCUUACCGAGUACGUCGCCCCUCUCGUCCUCAGCACAACAUGUUACGUCAUCAUCAUCCAUAAGAUGUGGCGACCGGGUCCGCGCGUCGUUUCAUUACGACGAGGAAGCAACCAGAGCGACGAUCACCGGCGACAGAAAGUCGGCCUCCUGCGAAUGGUUCUCGUCGCCCUGAUCGUUUUCGCCGUCAGCGUUGGUCUUCACCACGCCAUACGUUUUUAUGUCAUCGUCUCUGGGCGCGGAGAAAGCGAGAACCACUGCAAAAUAUCCCUGUGGACGUUUUUAUCGGAUAUCGCCCUCUUCGUGAACAGUGCGUUGAAUCCGUUUGUCUACGGACUGACGAAUUCCCUCUACGCCAGUGCAUUCAAAUCAAUGUUGUGUUGCUGCAACAAAGGGCCUAGGAAUUUGGUGUCUGCUUUUAAGACAAUACCCGAGAUUUACCGAAAGUUAUCGGGGGCGUCAGCUACCUUGGGCAAGACAGAGUCAGUGGAACUGAGUGAUGUGAAGGAUUAUCUAGAAAACCCUGUCGUGGACAUAGAAGAUUAUUCAGGUUCAGACGUUUCGUUUGAAGUAGUUUGAUUUUAUAACUCUAUGCAAACUAUAUACCCCGUCCCCAUUGGUGAAGAAGAAUUAUAAACAAACACCUAAUGUUAGGAUAAAAAUGCUACAUUUAUGAGGAAAACCUCCCCAAUUUUGAAUUGAUUUCUCAUCUAUAAUGACUAUAAACCAAUAUAAAUUGUUUUAUUAUAUUCGCAAGAAAAAAAUAAUGUUGGCAAUUUUCUGCUCCUCCCCUUCCCAAUGAGUAACCCUGUAAAUGGCCGGGGGAUUCUGGUUAUAAUAUUUUCUAAGCGAAAUCAAAGAAAAUGUAUCAUUUUUAUCUAAAGCUAUCUUGAGAUAUGCUAGAUUUUAGAAAUCAUUUUAAGCGUUGGGAGCCCCUAAUUCGCCAAAAAUGUUGAUGGUAAAAUUUCAUUUAAAUGAUAUCAUAAAAUGAAAAAGGAUG